GCUUGCUCUUGCUAGUGUCUUACAUGCCGCUAGCCCACUGGGGAUUUAGGCUGUUCAGUUUUGAGCUCGUUGGCGGCCUUAUCGGUGGCGUCAGACGCAGGGCUGCGCCCUCUGGCAUCCCUGAUCGCUGUAGCACACGGCGCGAGCGCUUUCAGGCCCGCCCACGACGAUGCAGGCCCUCACGGGCAUCACCUCCCGCUUGGACCGCGUACAGUCGUUCCUGGACGACAAAAUAGCCGACACGCCCUUGGCGGAUCUCAACGAUGACGAGCAGCGCAAGGAGGAGGACGCGGCGAUAGCGGCGAAACGGCGCCGCGCCGCCGCCGCGAGCGCCGACGCCGUCAAGGACGAGCUGCUCGGCGCCGUGCAGGACGACGACGACGACGACGACGACCUCGAGACCGACGCGCUGAAGGCGGAAAACGCGCGGCUGAAGCGCGAGGUCCGUUCCUUGACGACGGAUUUGGAGGCGGCCGAGCGCGACGGCAACAACUAUAGGAACGACGCGCGCGACGCCCGGAAGAAGCUCGCGGCGCUGAAGCGCGCGCAGGACGACGAGGACGACAGCACCAAAAAAGCGGAGGCGUCUCUACGAAGAGACCUCGCCGACGCGCAGGCCGGCGCGGCCAAAGCAUCAGAGAUCGCAAAAGCAGCACGCGACGCGGAAUUGAAGCUGCAAACAGCUUUAGAUGAAGAAAGACGAAAGGCCGCGCAGCUGACGGAGCAACUCGGCGACGCGCGCGACUCACUGCUCGACGCACAGAGCCGCGCGGCGCGCGCCGACGCCGACGCCGGCGCGGCGCGGCGCGAGGCGGAACUGCGGGACGAGGUCGCGUCGCUCGCCGCCGCUUUGGCGGCCGCGAAGGCGGAGCCGGCGGCGCCCGUCAACCACGACGACGAAGCCAAGCGCCGGCGCCAGGACGACCGCUACACCGAGAUGACGCGGCGCGUCGCCGAGCUGGAGUCCGAAGCGGCGGCGGCGGCCGCCCUCCAACGCGAGCAGGCCGAUGAAAUCAGAAGGAAUAACGCGGCUGCCCGCGAGCAGCGCCAGCGGGAAACAGCAAAUGCCGAGAGCGAGAAACGGGAUCUGGAAGAGAGCCUCGAGGCCAUGCAGCGCGAGCGCGACUCCUUACAGGCGAAGCUGCGCGAGGCCGAUGCGACGAUCGCAGCACAACAGCAGCGGUCGCAGCAGCCGCAGCUGCCUCCCCCACAAAACGCGCGCGACGGCGCGCUGGCCGCGCAGCUCGUGCGGAAGCAGGCGCUGCUGGAUGCGGCGACCGCGGACCGGGACGGUUUGCGGAGCUCGCUGAGUGCGCAGCGGCGCGCGAACGAGAGUCUGCGCGUCGAGCUCGACGAGGCGCGGCGGAGCCGCGCGGACGACCCGCGCGGUUUGAGAAGGAGGCUGAAGCUCCAUCGAGCGCCGAAUACCGGAUUAGGGGGCGCGGUCGACACGGUGGACCAGUGGAUGGCGUCGGCGCUGCGCCUGCUGAACUCGUCGCCCUUGUUCCGGCUUGUCUUCUUCGCCUGGGUCGUACUGCACCACGCCUACGUGUUCAUGGUGUUCUUCUACCACCACCUGCCGCACAUUGGUGGAAGUGCGCCGCCGCGGUUGAGAGGAGGCGGGCGGGCGGCCGUGGACGCGCUCGGUUAGUAAGAUUCUUUGUCUGUAGUCGCGACGAUGGCGUCGCGGGGAGUCGUCUGGAUGCCUCCGGAAAUGCCCGCGCCUGUGACAAAAUCACGUUAUUUUUUGUCGCGCCCAGCAGAGAUCAGUCCGAGGGCUCCCGUACGGCCCUUGGAACCGUCAAGGACCGGGCGGGGGCGCGCGCUGCUAGAGGCUAGUAGGGAAUCACGUUGGAAACGGGCU